UGCUUUCAUAUCAUUUUAUACAUAAAUGAUCAGUCAUAAUUUAGUAAUCUAUUCCAUUAUUACGAUAUGCAUUCUAACUGUACAUUACGUGAAUUGUGCUGGUAUACUAUGGGGUGAUCAUUCAACCGACACAACAACGACAUAUAUAAAAACGACAACGAAAGCUUCAAGACCAGUUACUGAAAAACAAGGACCAUUUAUAAUUAAUGAUGAGAACAGACUUAUUCGUCAUUAUCCCAGAAGACAACCGAAACUAAUUUGUACACAGAGAGGUGGAAUAAUUCAAUGCUAUUAUGUAAAUAAAGGCACUAGCAUUCAACGUUUCAAUGGAAAAGGAUUAUUAUGGUCACUUUCAACAUUGAAUUUUAUAUAUUUACUUAUAUCAAGAUAUUGGUGAAUAAAAGUUGUGACGAUAA